AGUUAUUCCAAGAUGGCGGAGGCGGUGCUGGAGAGCGACAUUGCUUGUCUUGAUCACUAUGAUUACUUUUUCCGUCCGAACAUUCUCCAGGGGAAGGUGGCGUUUAUCACGGGAGGUGGUUCUGGUAUUGGAUUUACUAUUACUGAAGUUCUGAUGAGACACAGCUGCUCUGCUGUAAUAGUGGGUCGGAAGUUUGACAGACUUAAAAAGGCAGCUAAGAAACUGGAAGAGGUGACAGGACAGAAAUGUCUCCCAGUAAAGGUUGAUGUGAGAAAGGUGAAUGAAGUUGAUGCUGCAGUAGACAUGGCACUGAAACAUUUCUCAAAAAUAGAUAUUUUAGUUAAUAGUGCAGCAGGAAAUUUUCUAUGCCCUGCAAGCCAGCUUUCAUACAAUGGAUUGAAAACAGUUUUUGACAUUGAUGCUUUCGGAACCUUCAAUGUGAGUAAAGCUGUGUAUAACAAAUGUUUUAAGAAUAAUGGCAGUGGUAACAUCAUCAACAUCACAGCCACACUUCAUCACAAUGGACACCCUCUGCAGUGUCAUGCUGGAGGUGCAAAAGCUGCAAUUGAGGGUAUGUCAAGACAUCUUGCUGUUGAAUGGGGCCCAGAUGGUGUGAGGGUAAACUGUGUUGCUCCUGGUGCUGUGAAGGACACAGAGGGUUUCCGUAGACUAGGUGGCAAACAUCUCCCACCAAACUUCAUUGAGAAUAUACCUUUACAAAGACUGGUUUCUCGCCAAGAUGUGGCAGAUAGUGUACUCUUCCUGGCGAGUGGUGCUUCAGCUUUUAUCACAGCAAACACACUGGUGGUAGACGGUGGUAGUUGGAUCACAAAUUCUGUUUCCAUGGCAACAAUGAACAAGGCGAUUAGCAAGCUGUGAUCUGUGAGAAUCAUGUGUCCAAUUAAGUUGUAGCUGAUGGGCACUUGUGCAAAUCCCAAUUAGGUGCUAAUUUUUUUAGGCUCAUUUUUUCUGUAGUUUCUUUAAUUCCAGUUAAUCUUAACCCUUUGCACCCUAACAUAAUUUCCUUUAUUCUCAUGAUCUAAAUGAAUGAUUCAGCAGUAUUACAGUAAGGAGAAAUUAGACGCUGGUCACUCCAAGGGUUUUAAGGGUUAAAUAACAUUUCAUCACUUGUGGAAUAUUUGCACGUCAAAAUACAAUAUAGUAUAAACUUGGAAAUGUGGAACUUGAAUGACAGUGGUGGGAACAUUACUUGUUGCCAAUAGGCCUUGGCUGAUUUAUAUAAAGUUUCUUAGGAGAAAAAUUUUUUAAUAUGUUUUAUCACUGUGAUUACGAUUUUUUCUUGGGCUUUUUACAUAGCAUGAAAGUCUCAUCAUCUUGAAGCUGCAUGAUACCAACACAAUUUCCUUUACUUGAUGAUAUACCUGCAAAUUGCUUAAAAUUCAAUUGUUUUUUGGUUUUUUUUUUGUUAAUCAAAAGUACAAGAUAAUUGAUUUUGUUGGGCAUCUUUAAUUUCAAAUAAGUAUCAAAGAGCCUGAAGACUUGCAUCAACACUAAGAAAAUGUCAAAAGAUGUCCUCUUUAGUACCUUUCCAUCUUAGGUUGGAAGUAUUCAGGGAAAGUAUGGUCAUUCAAUGAUAAUUUUCUCUUCUCAGACUCAUUCAAGUUUUGGUAACUUCAAGUCAAAUUUGUGAAAUAGCAUUGAGUUUAUUAGCCAAGGAUGAAAAACUGUGUGAUACCGGUAGUUAGCAGGUGUAUUGGAACAGAUUCGUGAUUGAUGUCUGCUCAUGGCUGGCAAAUUUUGUUAAGUGGAUAUAGAAUAAAGUGAUAUAAAUUAAAUAAAAUUGAUUUUUGAAAAUAA